AUGAAAAGGGUUUUACGGAAAUUAAAAGAUAUAAAGGUGGUUUGUCGGCGUCUCCGUAAUUCUUUUGGAUGUUUGGAUAAGAGGGUUGUUCAACUAAAGACGGAGCUUGAUAUUGCGCAAUUGGCUUGUGAUCUUGAUCCGUUUAAUGAUUUGCUGAAGGAGGACAUCGCCCACCUCUUAUUAGCUUAUCAMGAGGCUCGGAGUAAUCAGGUUGAUUUAGCUCGUCAAAAAGCGAAGAUUUCUUGGUUAAAUGAAGGUGAUGGUAAUUCUAAAUUCUUCUUUMAUGCUAUGAAAGAAAAGCGCAAUCGGAACCAUAUUGCUAUGAUCAGGGACUCGGCUGGCRUMMUUUAUGAGGAUCAGGAAGUUUCUACGGCGUUCAUUUCUCAUUUUAAAGRGAUUCUUGGUACCUCUUCUAGUUUGGUUCCUUCUUCUAUGGAGGAUUGUGUGUUUCGUAAUGCUUUAUCUUUAUCGGACUCUCUUCUUUUAAUUCGUCCAAUUUCUGAUCUGGAAAUUAAGGAUGCCUUAUUUGCUAUUGGGAAUGAUAAAGCUCCGGGUCCUGGGUAUCAGAGAGCGGAAGGGGAACCUAGAUGUGCUUUCAAGAUUGAUAUUCGUAAGGCUUAUGACACAGUUGAAUGGAACUUUCUUUUGGAGAUGCUGAAGGGAAUGGGUUUUCACCCAGUUAUGAUCAACUGGAUAAAGACUUUGAUCACGACACCCACUUAUUCAAUUUGUGUGAAUGGACAGCCGGAGGGUUUUUUUCAUGGUAAACGGGGCCUUCGUCAAGGUGAUCCCCUCUCCCCUUAUCUGUUCACAGUUGUGAUGGAGGGUCUCUCGAUGCUUCUUUCUAAGUGUAUCGAGGAUGUUGUUACUUUUUCGUAUCAUCAAGGUKGUGCGGAUAUCAAAUUGACUCAUUUGUGCUUUGCUGAUGACUUAUUUAUCUUUUCAAGAGGAGACAUUAUGUCGGUGGAGGUUAUCAAACGUGGUCUACAAUUGUUUGAAGAACGCUCGGGCUUAUCGCCAAGUCUGGAGAAAAGUGAGGUGUUUUUUUGGAAAUGUGUCAAUGGAGGUUCAGCGCAGUAUUCGGGAUAG